AUGUAUAUCAUCAACGUUAUAAUAGCCACGCUUUAUUUGCUCAGUUUCACUGCUGCUCUCCCGACUGAAGCUUUGGAUAAGAGGGUAUAUGAAUAUAAUCAAAACCAAGUCCCACCAGAACAUCCUGCGGUGUCUGGUUAUGAUCCAUUAGCUUCGUUAGGUCCAUUGCUGGUCCCAGAAUCCUCUUCUCAGGUUGUCAUUACUACAUCGGCUGCUUCAAAGGGAAAAAAUGCAGCUAGUUCUACAGGCAAAGUUUCCUCAUUUACUUUAUUGUUGACCUUUGCAACUUCUAGUGCAUUCAUUUUGUUAACUUGUCUUUAA